GUAUAAAGUGGUGGGUGUUGGUACGAGAGGCAGUGCUCUGUGGGAGUGAGCGCCAUUCCAUUAGCAGAACAGGAGAACGGAAGGUUGGGAUUUCUUUAAGGCACACGAACUUUAUUUUAUACACGGACCAAAGAUAACCUAAUCAUGUCUAAGAGAGAUAAGAAUCUUGAAGAUCAGGCUCUGGCAUGGAUAGAGGCCAUCCUCGGUGAGAGCCUGCCCAAAAAGCCGUAUGAAGAUUUGUUGAAGGAUGGUCAGGUUUUAUGCAGACUGAUCAACAAACUGGCGCCUGGCUCCGUCAAGAAGAUAGAAACCAAAGGGAUGGGUUUUGCAUUGAUGCAGAAUAUUGAACGGUUCCAGGCUGCGGUGCUGAAGUACGGGGUCCCUCCCAAUGAGAGCUUCCAGACUGUUGAUCUCUGGGAGAAGAAAAAUAUCGCCCAAGUCACCCUGUGUAUACACGCCCUAGGCCGGAUCGCCCAAACAAAGCCAGAUUACACCGGUCCAAUUUUGGGUCCAAAGAUGUCAGAAGAGAACAAACGAGAGUUCACACAGGAACAGCUGGAAGCCGGCAAGCACAUAGUCAGUCUACAGUACGGCAGUAACGAGGGGGCUUCUCAAGCCGGGCUCAACAUGGGCAAGAGGCGAAUGAUCCAGGAUUAAAGCAAGGCACGAUUACGAUAUUGGGUUUGGCGAAAAUAUUAUCAUUGUAUAAUGUAGAGAAUUUAGGAACGAGGAGUGAUUCAGUCAUUAAUUAAAAUAUGGCUUGUUGACAGUAAUGGAGUAUUCAGCAAUAUAGGGAUGAAUGUGCCUUUAAUGGAAUCUCCUGACUUCAGUAACAAAAAACAAAUGCCUUUUAGUUAGCUGGGUGAAAAUAGAACUCAGUAUUACAUGGACUGAACAGCGAUAAAGCUCCAAUCUGCAACGCAAAGGAGAGCCUGUGAGUGUGACGUAGUAGUGUUGCGAAGAACUGGAUAUAUCUAAUGUAUUCUGGGCGUAUACACAUCUGGAGCAGGAAGAUACACAUGUAUAGACUGUUCAAACCAAAUCACACUUUUCCAAGACAAAGACAUAAGCCCUCUGAUAUGCAUGGAAAGCAUACAGAUGUAUGUGUAUAACAGUCUUAUUGCCUGGGCGCAAAUCAUUCUAUGGAGUGAAGUUACCAUCUAAACUUACUUAUAUAUGUAUGUGUAACAAACGCCUCCUCUUGCUGGAGGAAAUGUGGGUUGAAAGUGUAGGUGGAAUGCAUCGUCAAAUAUGAGACUGCAUGCCAUCAUGUUUUCGCAUGUCUUGUUAGUUUCUUUUUCGAUUUAAAUGGAAAAGUGUUCUGGACUGUCAAAUAUUUACGAAGUAUACAUUUACUUUCCAUGCAACAUUCAUCUGAAGAGAGCGUAAUCCGGAGGUGGAAUUGUAAGCUGUUUGAUAGUCAGCAUACAUAUAAAGGAACAGCGUGUGAAUGCGAGAUAAAAUGUGCACGGAUUUAUAUGUAGCAACCGAUCAUAAAUUGUUUGCUGUGAAGAGUAAUGCUGGUACAGUCUUUCCGUCUAGUCCAAGUCCUUGGUAGGAUUGAUUUUAACUGUUAGGACUUCAUAUAUACGUUUGCUUUAUUAGUACAGUCACCAGUCGAUAUCAUGUUGACGUUUUGUCUCAUAUCUCGUCAUUUGUUUAUGUUUUUUUAAUCGUUUGAAUAAAACUGAAAUUAUGUAAC